AUGAGUGGCUAUGUAGGAGAUUUAAACAAACAGCAGCAAACUGUUCUAGAUGAGUUUCGCAAACGAAUAGCCAGCUUUAUUCAACCUACAGACCUUAAAGAUGAUUACUACUUACUUCGAUGGCUUCGUGCUCGAGAUUUUCAGAUUGAUGAAGCUGAAAAGAUGGUUAGUAAGAGUAUGAUUGUGCGUAAAGAAAUGCAAUUAGACACCCUUGUUAAAACCUACAAAAUGCCGGAGCCCAUAAAAAAGUAUUAUCCUGCUACAUUUUUUGGCUAUGACAAAAAUGGCUCGCCAAUAUUAAUAUUACGUAGUGGACAUUUCGAUCGCAGAGGACUACUGCAAUCAGUAAGAAAAGAUGAUUUCAUUACGUAUGGAUUUUACAUGAUGGAGAGAGCCAAAAUUUUAUGUCAACAACAAUCGAAGAAGCUGGGAAGAACUAUUGAAAAUAUUACAGUUAUAGAUGACAUGGAUGGAUUUGGCAUGAAAGAUAUGUAUAAGCCAGCAUUUACACUCUUUUCAAAGCUCGUGCCAUUAUUUGAAGAUAAUUAUCCAGAAAUGAUGAAAAGUGUCUACGUGAUUAACAGGAACUAUAAAACUGCUCUUUUGGAUUAUAUUGAUGCCGAUCAACUACCAAAGGCUCUAGGUGGAGAAAUUGUAGACGAAACAGGCGAUCCAUAUUGUCCGUCACAGAUCUGCCCGGGUGGUGAAAUUCCCAAAUCUUAUUACCUGAAUGAAUUAUCUACUGAGCAAUCCACUGAUAAUUACACAGCUGUCACGAUCAAUAGAAGAGAUAAUUUGAAAUUGCCCUAUGAUAUCAAACAAUCUGGAACCAUGAUAAAAUGGAAAUUUCGAACAGAUAAACAUAAUAUUGGAUUUGGCAUAUACAAAGUGAUUGAAGGCGACAGUGAAUCAUCCAAUCAGGUGUUUGUGGUGCCUGUUUUACGUCGUGAUUGUAAUACUUUCCUUGAAAAUGGCAGUUAUACUUGUCAAGAGCCAGGAAAAUAUGUCCUGUACUUUGAUAAUACGUAUAGUUGGGUAAAUAGCAAAAGGUUGCUAUAUGAUAUUGAACUUAGAGGUCCACGUGAAGUAGAAUCCGAUGAUGUAUUCGAUUACUAA